AUUAUUCCUAAUCAUUAUUUAUUCUCCAUUAAGGCUUUUCUUUCUCUCUCUCUCUGCUCGGAGGAAGAGAUUAUUACUGGACGACGCAACCACACAACCAGUUGUUACGCCUUUUCAAAGAGAGACGGAAGAAAUGGCGAUGGGAUCGCACCAGAUUCCCAUGUAACCGCCGUACCCUUCUUCCACUAUCCCCCUUUCUAUUUUCUACUAAAAACCUCGUCUUUCCAUCUCUUCUCUCAUACCCAGGAAUUUGAAACACUCUUCUCCACGCGGCUAUUUCUCUGUUCCCGUCUGAAGUAGUCUGAUGGGGUCUAGAUUCCCUUCCCAUCAGCUCAGCAGUGGCCUCUAUGUAUCGGGAAGGCCAGAGCAACCAAAAGAAAGAACUCCAACAAUGGGUUCUGCUGCUAUGCCCUAUACUGGGGGUGAUAUUAAGAGGUCAGGAGAGCUUGGGAAAAUGUUUGAUAUACCUACAGAUGGCUCUAAAUCGAGAAAGUCUGGCCCCAUAUCUGGUCCUCCAUCAAGAACUGGAUCUUUUGCUGGUAAUGUAUCUUCUGCUGGACUUUCUGGCGCAACUUCUCUGAAGAAGACAAAUUCUGGUCCUUUGAAUAAACAUGGAGAACCUAUUAAGAGGACAUCUGGACCUCAAUCUGGAGGAGUUACUCCAAUUGCCCGCCAAAAUUCGGGCCCUAUUCCUCCGGUUUUGCCUACAACUGGGCUCAUUACAUCUGGUCCAAUCUCAUCUGGUCCUCUCAAUUCUUCCGGGGCUCCAAGAAAGUUUUCAGGUCCUCUAGAGUCAAUGGGAUCAGUCAAAUUACAUAGCUCCCUGGUUCACAACCAGGCUGUGACAAACCUCAACCAAGAUGAAGACUAUUCGUUUAGAAAGAGCUUUCCGAAAUCAAUUCUCUGGGCAAUGAUUUUGUUAUUUGUGAUGGGGUUCAUUGCAGGCGGAUUCAUUCUUGGAGCUGUUCACAAUGCCAUUCUUCUCAUUGUGGUUGUUAUUCUGUUUGCUAUGGUUGCUGCAUUGUUCACAUGGAAUAGUUGUUCCGGAAGGAAUGCUAUUGUAGGAUUUAUUGCUCGAUAUCCUGAUGCUGAGCUUAGAACUGCAAAAAAUGGACAAUAUGUCAAAGUCUCUGGGGUUGUGACAUGUGGGAAUGUUCCUUUGGAAUCAUCCUUCCAAAGAGUUCCCAGAUGUGUCUACACGUCUACAGCUCUAUACGAGUAUCGUGGUUGGGACUCAAAAGCUGCCAACCCCACACACCGCCGUUUCACUUGGGGACUUAGAUCAUCAGAAAGGCAUGUGGUUGAUUUCUACAUCUCUGAUUUCCAGUCUGGCUUGAGAGCAUUAGUUAAGACUGGUUAUGGUGUAAGGGUUACUCCUUAUGUGGAGGAAUCUAUCAUUGUGGAUGUCAACCCUUCAAAUAAAGAUCAAUCUCCUGAUUUCUUGAGAUGGUUGUCUGAAAGGAACCUUUCAAGUGAUGACCGAAUCAUGCGAAUGAAAGAAGGGUAUAUCAAAGAAGGAAGCACAGUGAGUGUGAUGGGUGUUGUACAAAGGAAUGAUAAUGUCUUGAUGAUUGUUCCACCCCAAGAGGAGGCCUUCACUACCGGUUGCCAGUGGGCUAAAUGUAUACUUCCGGCCAGCCUUGAAGGUAUUGUUUUGAGGUGUGAGGAUGCAUCAAAGAUCGAUGUUAUACCAGUUUAAUCAAAGUAGUAGCUCUAUGAAACUGCACGAGUGCUUUAAUUCCAUCAAUAUUUUGUUCGUUUGGAAAUUAGAAUUUCCUCGUGUUCGUUCACAUACAAAAACGGUGGUGGUUAGUGUGAUAUUGGGGUGGUGGUGGUUGACAAGGAAAGAAGAUAAUAUAACAAACAGAUUGAUUGGUGUUAUAUAUAUAAAGGAAAAUGAGUCUAGCAGUGGCAACUAUUUGUUGGCUUUGAUUGUAUUUUAUUAUUGUGUAUAGUCUGAGUAGAUUUGGUUCUUUUUUGUUUUGCCCCAUGGCUUGAGAGUUGAGACUGGUGUUUUAUCUCCUUUUUUACUAUUGUUGGUGCAGUGGCCACAAACUUUUACUGCGUUUGAAAAUGGAGGUGAUAUGUUUUACUGGUUUUUA